ACUUCCUCUUCUAUGUCUGCCCUGAUCCAAAGAACAAGUGGGGCACCCUAAAGGGGUGCUACCUGAUAACACAGGAAAUUGCCCUCUGAUAUCUUCUCCCCUCUGCAUUUUUCCUGUGUUUUCAGGUCACCCCUUCGGGGUACCCCUUUGCCACCCGUCGGUCCCGGCCCAACCGGACAAGUUCUCGGUUCGACUUCCACAAGGUCUUCAGAUGAUCUCUGACCGACUGUGCAAAUGCAAUUUGGUAAGAAAGGGUUCAUAGGUUUGUGAAUAAUAUUAUGUCACCGGAUUGCACCCAAGUGCAUACCCUGCUUAAGUGGAUGGUGGCAGGCCAAUGGCUCGCGAGCAAUGGAGAUGGAGAUCGACGCUCCGAUGAAAGACGAUGACCUCUUCAGAGCCGCCGAGACCGGGAAUUCUUCAGUGUUCCGGUCUCUCUCGCCGGAGCAGCUUACCCAGGCCCUCUCUCUCACAAACGAGGACGGCCGGUCUCUCCUCCACGUCGCCGUCUCGUCCGGUAAAUCCGAGGUUGUUAAUAUACUAUGUGAGGCUGAUCAGUCGAGAAGUUUCAUAAACAAGAAAGAUGAAGAAGGUUGGGCCCCGUUACACUCUGCUGCUAGCAUAGGAAACCCACAGAUAUUGGAGACUUUGCUAAAUAAUGGGGCUGAUAUCAAUGUACAGAAUGAUGGGGGUCGCACUGCUCUUCACUAUGCUGCCAGCAAAGGAUGGAGAAAAAUCGCUGUUCUUAUUUCUCAUGGAGCAAAGAUCAACAUGAAAGAUAAGUAUGGAUGCACUCCACUGCAUCGUGCAGCCAGUACAGGGAACUCAGAAAUGUGUGAGCUUUUGAUUGAGGAAGGAGCCGAGGUUGAUUCUGAUGAUAAGGCUGGUCAAACUCCUCUUAUGACUGCUGUGAUUUGCGAUAAUAAAGAGGUAGCUCUCCUCUUGAUACGGCAUGGGGCGGACCUAGAUGUAGAAGACAAGGAAGGGUACACUGUUCUCGGCCGGGCAGCAGAUGCCCUGAGACCAACACUAAUCGAUGCUGCCAAAGCCAUGCUCGAAGGAUGAAAAUAUCUGGCCUUUCAAGAACUGCUGUAGUCAGUGGUGUUGAUGUGAAGUUUUGGUGUUAAGCAGCUUUCGAGUUAGAGACAUUUUCUUGUCCAGUUGAAAUUCCAAAUGCAGAAUCGGAUUUCUACGAUUCUGCGGAAUAUCUGAAAACAUGAAACCAAAUGUAGGGUGGUUUUGACCAUGUCUAAUCUUUGUUAUAGACUCCCGUAGAGUUCGAUCAUCAUAUUCUUUUACCAUUGUUGAAUUGGCUUCUUUUCAUGGCAAAGUAAAGAAAGUUGUACAUGUCUUCUGGUAUUGACUUCAUGUGACAGCACAGAAGAGCAUGUCCUGACAUCUAUAUUCGACUUCAGCAUUUAUAUGUUA